GCCGCCCCUAUAAAAGCGGCGCGGCCCCGCAGAGCAGCCGGAGAGCCCGGGGCACAGCCAUGGAGAAGCGAAGCACCUCCAGGGGAAGGGGCAGAGCCACCAGCAUCGCCGGGGGCACCGGGAUCGGUACCGGCACCGGCACCGGCAGGGGCUCGGGGCGCUGGGCGCUGCUGGCCGCGCUCUGCCUGGCGCUGCCCCUGCCCGUCCCGGCGCUGCCGCCGCCCGUUCGCAGCCUGGUCCCGGAGCUCCGCCGCUCCCGGGCGCUGCUGGAGGCUGCCAGAGCCUCGCUGCUCAGCCUCAAGGAACGUGGGACGCUGGGAUUUGAAUGUACCCUGGAGGAGGUUGAUCUCGAAGACAUCACUAAGGAUCGAAUCAACACGCUAAAAGCUUGCACGUCCGAGGACCCAAGGACUGGAAACUGUCCAGUGCUGGAAAGUCCUACUUUUGAUAAGCAUAAAUGCCUGCAGGGGAUCUAUGAAGAUCUGAAAGCCUACAGGGCAGAGCUCAGUGAUCAGAAGGUGCUGACGUCCAUUGACGAGAUGAUGAAAGCCAUGCAGCCGGGCAGCCCGGGCGCGCUGCAGCCGCCGCCCAGCGCAGCGCUGACCUCCUUCAAGGACCGCAUGAGGCUCUGCGGUGUCCUGCACGCCUUCCGCAUCCGCGCCGUCACCAUCGACAGGAUGAUGAACUACCUGAGCGCCCUGUGAGCCCCGGGCAGUGCCUCAAAGCCUUGCAGCAAGAAAACACGGCAGGGUGGGCAUCCUGCGACGCGGCUGGCUUUGUAGGAAGCGAGCGCGUCCCAUUUUACAGAGUUUCUUAUAAGGAGCUAUUGCCAAGUGCCUUUUUAAGCUAUCUUGUUAAAUUUCUACACUUCUAGACAAUAAGCUAUAUCGCACAGUAAUGUUCUCAGAUCACCGAACACUCAGCUGUAACCUGUCCUAAAUGUUUUAUUUAUUCAAGUUUCAGAAAUUGAAAUGUAUUUAUAAUAUUCCUAAACGUAUUUAUGAUAUUUCUAAACGUAUUUAUGAUAUUGCUGAUUUAUUUAUUGUGAAGUUCCUUAUUUAUUCUAUUUAUUGCCUAAUAAAAUUACAGUUUGCAUAAAAUAC